GUUUUCUGGUCGCUUCCGGUGCUGAUUUUGCCUGUGCAGCGGUUUGCACAUUGUGAAUAUUGGUUCAAACCCAUCCAGAUAACAUAUGUAAUGAGAGCAUUUCAUGGCAGUUGAAAUCUGUUUUCAACCUAACUAGGGUACAUACAUACAUCACAAAACAGGAUUAAGAAAAAGCCUCUAAUGGGGGCGGGUGCAGUGAGGGGAGCACAAGGCCAACCUCAGAGUCAAGGUCAAAAUAAGGUUGACAGCAGUAGCCAGCUUGCAAUAAUGUCAUGUGAAAAAUGUGGUGCUGUGUUUGGUCUUCUGAAGAGAAAGAGAAUUUGCCUAGACUGCGGUAACUACCACUGCUCAGCAUGUCUCACUAGAGUAACUUUUAACAAGCGUAGAUGUCAACUUUGUCAGAUGUUUGCCUCCAAGCAGUUUGACAGACAGACACUGAUGGAUCUCAGACUGAAAGACUUAAAAGUGUACCUUAACAAACAUGUGAUACAAUACCAAAGAUGCACGGAGAAGAAUGAUUUAGUGGAGCUUAUACUGAGGCACUCUGGCAACCAGUCAUACUUGGAGGAACAAGAGGAACACCGAAGACAUUUAGAAGUGUUAAAAGAACAUAGACUACAAAAUGAAGUACAAGAUGACAGGGAGUCUGUGCCAUCAUCUGAUGAGAGCAGCAGUGAACGCAUUGAGCACAGUGACACACAUUCCACAGUACCACCACCAGAACCAACCCCAGCUCAACCAACACAUUCUGAGCAAUCUCCUCCAACACAAUUGAACCACCAGGAGUCGGAUGAGGAGAGAAAUGAGAGACUGAGGAGGAGGCAGGAGCAAGAAAGAAGAAAUCUUGAAGAGAGAAUUGGGAAUGAUUGGUUCAUGGACAGUGACGAGGAACCAGACCCUAGAGCUCCACGUGUAAGGAUGAGACUUAGUGCCAUAGAUGACAUUGAGCAGAUUGACACCUUGUCUCCACGGCAACUCAAGGAACUACUGGCAGCCAACUUUGUGGAUUAUAAAGGUUGUGUGGAGAAGUGGGAGUUGGUGGACAAGGCCAAGAGGCUUUGGCAGUCACAUAAAGAAAAUCAGAAAAAAGCUGAAGAAAUACACAACCUGGCUGAGAAACAAGGCAACAAACCCAGCGCUACUAGGAUGGAAAGCAAUCCUGAAGACUCACUGUGCAAGAUUUGCAUGGACCAUACAGUGGACUGUGUGUUACUGGAGUGUGGACAUUCAGUGACUUGUACUAACUGUGGCAAACGGAUGUCAGAGUGCCCCAUAUGUAGACAGUAUGUUGUGAGAGCUGUGAGGAUAUUUAAGUCAUAAUCCCAGUUGAUGAUAGAUAGGUAAUUUUGGUUCACUGGGCUUGACUCUCAGUUGCAUAAUUUAUAUUGCCAGUGGUUAAACAGUACAGUGAUGAAGAAAUUAAUGAUAUCUGAUUGUAUCAAACUAGUAUAUCUAGUACAAUAGUAAUUCAACCCCAUUAACAGAGAAUUUUAAUAAUUUUGGUUAUAUUAGACAAGAAAGCUUUAUAAUAAUGGAAAAAUCAUUUAUGCAGCUUUUAAUGUUCGCUAUGUUGACCGUCUAUGCCACUUCUACUACGGCUGUUUGUUUACAUGAAAAGUGAAUAAUUAAAUAUUGCAACAAAUAUCAACAUAUGUAAUCAUAAUAUCUUAAUUUAAAUCCGUAAUUAUAAACAUCCAAGUUUUUGUUCACAACAAAUAAUGUUGUUAUAGUCAGUUACAAAAGUAACAUUUCAGUUGUUCAAUAGGAUAUUUUGCUUUUUCUUAUUAUUAAAUGAUUGGUGCAAUUUCCUUUAAGCGAAAAAAAACAGUGAUGGUCAUUUACAAACUUAAGUUAAUGUUUUAUUGUAUUUGUUUUCAUUUAAAAACCUGUCAAGAGCAGUAGGUAUAAAUUUCUCACUUUUGAUAACAGAAAUUAAGCUUUCAGUCUGUUUAAUUUAAUUUUUUAAAUGAAUGUCAGAUGUGAAUUGAUUAUCAUUGAUUACAUGCUGCAGAAUUGCUUGAAACCUAAUGUAUUUUAACACUUUUUGGCAACUGAUCUCCUUAAUCUUUUCUGUUGUUAUUUUUGCUAGAAAAUCUACCCUCCAUUCAUCAAAAAACAUCGUCUCAAAAUUUAAAAGUAUAUAAGGAAUAAUUUAAUUUUAGGUAUGUAUUAAUACUAGAAACAAAAGCAAAGUGCCAGUAAGGCAGAGAACAUAUUGUUACAAAAGCAGUAGCAUUAAUGCGGAAAUACAUCAACCAUUAAAAGAUUUGUCAGUAGAGGACCGAAACUUACAAAAAAUCUGGGAAGGUGAGCAGUUUAAUUGUCUCAGCAUUUAGAAAAUGUGAUACUUUGUUGGUCAGAUUAUAUAUUUUUAUGAGUUUAGUUGCGUUUUCAAGUACAUUCCAUGUGAGUCAUUUUGAAAGAAGGAUUUGCAAUUGAUGAAGUAAAAUUCAAAAGGCUAGAUAUUGUAUUCAGAUUAUUUAAUUAAAAGUUGUACAUUUGUUUAUAUAAAUAAAAGUGAGA